AUGAAGCACGAUGGCCCGAUGGCGAGUGACGGAAGUGGCUCGGACUGGGUUGGGCUCCAAGAAUUCAAUGCCCAGGAGAAAUUGGCAGAAAUUGCUUGUCAGUUGCCUUGUGAAUUCGAAGCCAAACUCGGCCGAACUGUUCUGAUGAAUAUUGAAAAAGAGACACCGUUGUCGUCACCACCGUUGCCAUCGUUGCCAUGUCGGGCAAUGGGCACAGCACCUGCAGCUGUGCUGGGUGCCUUCGGAUAUGCUGCGGUGGCGCGACGGCACAAGGUGCUGAAAGCAUCAAAAGAAUCAAAAGGUGAUGAUCCAAAGGAGGUGGAAGAGGUGGAGGAAGUCACAAACACGUCGCGGCUCAAGCGAUGGUGGAAGAAGACCGCCAAGUUGGAUGCCAAAGCCUUGCGAAAGAUGGGUCUGAUGUGCCUCCUUUCCUACGGUUUUGUCUCAAAUGUGAAUGCGUUGAUGCUUCUCCUUCUGGCCACCUAUCGAUCAAUCCUUGCAACGGGGCAAAGUCCUUUGACCAGCAAGGCGGCACUGAAGCAAUUUGGUAUCACUUGGGCAGGGCUUUAUGUCAUCAGCAACAUUGUUAGACCUGUGCGAAUCAGCAUAGCUCUGGCGAUUUCCAAGCCCAUCGACAGCCUGGUGAAGUGGUUCGAGGAGAAACUGAAGUGCAAGCGAUGGAUGGCAAUCGGUACUGUGAUGCUCUUUUUAAAUGUUUUCUUGACCAUCGGGAUGCUUUGGGGUGGAAUGAUGCUGGUAUCUACUCUGCAGCUUGUGCUUGGUAUGGUGACCUCCAGAAAGCCAAGAUUACUUAAACAGGGUAUGAGCAAUACGAAGCUUUUGCAACUGCAAUGGCUUGGAAGGGAAACGUUGCUACUGAUGUGCUCUUGUGUCUCAGAUGAUGUUCUCUUGUGUCUUAGGUCUUGAAACUGAACAGUUGAAAUGUUUAUCUGUUUGUUCCACCGUCGCAUCCCUGUCCUGUUGGUGUGAUACUUCAGCUUUGCUUCUACCCUCUCAUGCUGUCAACCUUUCAGGGCAUGGCAAGCGGUCUAGGAUAGGCAUCAGAGAUAGAGACUCUCUGUGUGAAUGCGCAAAUGCUACGAGCCUUUCAAUCAUUUUGGCCGCGUGGCAAAGAUUGUCAAAGCAUGGCCAAAAAAAAAUAUAUAUAUACAUACAUGGUGAUCGAUCUAAAAGUUCCUUGUAAAGAGUUUUAAUUGCGAAGACCGUUCACGUUAUACUGGGAACCCUCGCGAUAGUUUUUUGUGAGUUCGCGAAAUAUUUUUUAUUCGCGAAAGUUUCGCG